AUGAAUGAGAAUGUGGUAACCCCUAUAUUGGAUAUGUCCGCAGAGCCCUCUAUCGACCUGGAGGGUAUGAAAGAUGUGCGACCCCAGGCAAACAGAGUUGGUACCCAGAGGCACCGACGACGAAACCCAAGAGCAAGGCGUCCGGUGAAGGAAACACUGGACGCCCGCUCCGAGUAUUACACGAGUCAAGAUGACGGUACCGCAGAACAUCGAAUCAACCAAUAUGUGAUCAGGCAGGAGAUAGGACGUGGUUCGUUCGGGGCUGUCCAUCUGGCUGCAGAUCAGUUUGGAAAUGAAUAUGCAGUCAAGGAAUUCUCCAAAUCCAGGCUGAGGAAACGUGCGCAGUCGCAUCUGUUGCGAAGACCGCGAGGUCCGAGUCGGCCAGGAACGGAUUUCAACUCGCCGUUACAUCGACAUCCUUCCGGUGACGAUAACGAGACCGCAAAGAACCCUUUAUAUCUGAUCAAGGAGGAAAUUGCAAUCAUGAAGAAACUGAACCAUAGCAAUCUGGUGUCGUUGAUCGAGGUCUUGGACGAUCCGUCAGAGGACUCAUUGUAUAUGGUGAUGGAAAUGUGCAAGAAGGGUGUUGUCAUGAAGGUCGGGCUGGAAGAGAGAGCAGAUCCGUAUGAUGACGAGCAAUGUCGAUGUUGGUUCCGUGAUCUGAUCUUGGGAAUCGAGUACCUGCAUUCGCAGGGCAUCGUCCAUCGAGAUAUAAAACCGGACAACUGUCUGGUGACCAAUGACGAUAUGCUGAAAGUGGUCGAUUUUGGUGUAUCGGAGAUGUUUGAAAAAGAUUCAGACAUGUUCACUGCCAAGUCAGCUGGGUCACCAGCAUUUCUCCCGCCAGAGCUGUGCGUGGUCAAACAUGGCGAUGUAUCCGGAAAGGCGACGGAUAUCUGGUCCAUGGGGGUAACUCUAUAUUGUUUGCGAUAUGGAAAGCUGCCCUUUGAGAAGCAGAGCAUCUUCGAACUGUAUGAUAGUAUUAGGGGAGAUCCCCUGGUCUACGAAGACGAGUCAGAUGAAGGAUUCAAAGAUCUGAUAGGACGCAUUCUGGAGAAAGAUCCAGAGAAGCGAAUUGACAUGUUUGGUUUACGAGAACACCCUUGGGUAACGAAAAAUGGGACGAAUCCUUUGCUGUCAUUUGAAGAGAAUACGUCGCAACUCAUUGAGCCUCCGACAGAGGAGGAGAUGAAUUCGGCCAUUACAACAAACAUGGGACAUCUCAUGACCGUGAUGAAAGCCGUCAAGAAAUUCAAGCGACUCACAGAUCCCACCAAACCACAAUCCCCCAUUCAAAGUAUGUUCGGCAAGAGUAUUCUGGGCGGAGACCACGAUGCCUACUUUGUCGAGCCACCGAUGGAAAUGGACCCAGAUGAACCCUUCCCAGAAGUGGGAGCGGCUCCACAAACGAACAACGCCCAUGGCAUUGCAGGUACGCGCAAGGUCAUCCGCCGACACCCUUUUGCCGGAUUCCGAGACAAUUCCGGUGGUUUCGGGUCCAGCGAUUCAGCCAGCUUUUCAUCCCGACCUGAGCACAGCCCAAACAGUAGCAAAAGACCCAGCGGAGUGUUCGAGCCCGAGCGAAAAGACUCCGGCUCCAUCUGCAACGGGGAGUUCCCAGCUCAACCAGAUAUCGGUCAAGAAGCUCAAUCCCAUUCUCAGUGGGCAUCACCUCAUAUCCCCCUCUCACGAGCAAGUUCCGGUACUAAGCGCAGCCUGGAGGGGACGAGAGGACAUGCCCGUGAUCCGCUAGAAGAGGAGUUCCCCUACCUCUUUAUUGGACCAUCUACAUACAACGGCUCCUCGCACCAGGAACCGGAUAUGGAAAUUAGUGAUGAGCCGGCGUCUAUCUUCCAAGAGCCGGAACAUUCAAUGGAUCAUUCUGACCAGAUGGAAGACGACGAGCCGGUACAGUUUGUUAGUGAAUCGCCCGGUGCUGCGGAUUUCAAUAUCUAUGAAACGGCAUACAGAAAGGAAUUAGACCGCAUCAAGCACAGCCUGAGAGACCGCGAUACCGGCCCGAAGGUGUACCUGACUCGUAUGAUCGAGAAAAAUAGCGCCGAGGUGAUGAAACUGGCCAAAGAGAAGGAGUUGGAUCUUCAGGUUGGAGAUGAAGUCACUCUUUCUUCGAUAUCGAGAACACCCUCAGGCUUCGGGUCUGUGGUUAGCGCGAUGCGCUCACAGAUGCUGCAAAAACGGCAGGCUGAGGGGCUGGAGGAGCAGCGUGAUGAUAGUGGAGAUGCAAGUAAAGAUAAAGAUUACUCGCAGAAACACAACCCUCACCCUCAUCCUCCCAAACGCCUAGGCGACGGGGGUGUCGUCUACGGAGGGGGCGGUGACUCCAAGGCACAGCUGCAGCGAAUUCUUGAUCGAGUUCGUGGGAAAUCCGGUAGUACAGAGUGA